UUCUCUUGAGACAAUGAAGCUACUGUUGAUCGCUUUUAGUGCUGCCCUUUUGUUGGCUUCCUGCCAAGCUGGUCGUAUCUACAGUCAUGGCUCCUCCAUUGGCAUUGGAGGAGGCUUUGGAGGAGGCUUCGGAGGAGGCUUUGGAGGAGGUUUCGGAGGCGGCUUCGGAGGUGGCUCACAUAUUGGAGGAAUAUCACACGGUUAUGGUAGGAGAUACUAUGGUGGUCUCGGUACAAUCAUUACUCCAGCCAUCGGUGGCCUCGUUAGCUCAUCGGUUAGCCAUGGCUACGGCGGUCACGGUGGUAUUGGUGGUUCCUUCCUUGGACACGGUGGUUCCUUCCUUGGCCACGGUGGUUCAUUCGGAAGAGGUUUGUAUGGUUACAGAUACGGGUAUGGAAAGUAAUUGUAUUAAUAAGUACUAUUCCUAAACCAUCUUAAUGUCGCUCUGUGUUUCAAAUUAUGUUCACACUGUGAAGCAACAAUGUCAAUAAAAUGUAAUUUGAAAU